AGCUCAGUGCAGUCGCUGUAAUCGAAGGCUUAGGAAAGGUCGCCUACUAGAUCAACUCGCGAUUGCGAGGCCGACUCAUUCGACGGUGUUUUGUUUUGGUCGAUUAUCGCGGCCGGUGGUGUGUGUUUAUCGUCUGUGAUUGUGCGUCACCAAAAAUGGGCAACAAAUUGUGCAAGAAGAAAGUGGACGCUGUGGAUAACGCUGCAGUCAAGUCGCCUACGACUUUCGACAGGAUAAUCAAUAGAUUACACAUUCGACCUAGUGCCUGGAAGUCGGAUUCGCAGCUCGACCAGAAGCAAGUGAAUAGAUAUGACAUUAGCUCCGUAGAACCGACCUCCAAGCAAGAAACCGUUAUCAAAACCAAACCCCUUUCACGAUCUUCGGACUGGACAGAUGCAGAUCUAGAGGUGCCCGAUAAAGAAGAACACAUCCACCUGCGCAAUCCCAAACUUUCCAUAAUUUUCAACAACGAGAAUGGCACUCCCACGCCUCCACCAAGGAAACACAAAAAAAAUUUCCGCGAGAAGAUCGAAGCAGUGGCUAAAUCGGGAUUGCAGGCUUUUCAGCAGAAAAAACCGGUGGAAGAGACGAUUUGUGUGAAGAAAACGAUAAAUUAUAAGUGCCCUCUGUGCGACCAAGACGAAAGUGGUCAUAAUAGAGACCACCACCAUAACCAUAAUCACAAUAAUCACGACAAUGCAAAAACGAACAAGAAUGGUAAUCAGAAGGAGAGAAGGAACUCGAAAACUGAGAAAGAAAGCCUGAAGAGGAUGAAUAAGAACUUAUCCGUGAUGUCUCUACCGAACUAUGAUGAAUUGAAGUUGACAGUGACGCACUUUGAAGAUAUCGAUAAAGGACCUUCUUCCCUGAAAAUCAACUCGAAUAAACGAAACACUUCUGAAACCUGCCUUCCAACCGACUCGAAAAAACCAACAAGUGGAUCCACAGGAAAACUCGACGCGUACAUCACAAGAUGCCGCAGCUUCGGUUCCAUCUUCCCUCAGCAGCUCAAGAAACUCCGCUCACGAAAAGCCCCCGCAGAAAUAGAGAGCGACGAUUCCUUCGGAGGGUUAGAAGACUGGGAUCUGGGUCUGUUGGAGCACUACAACCCCAAGGACGCAAGCCUGCCUCGUCCCAGAAAAACGCAGAGGAACAGCAAGGAAAUAAUAUCCGACAUAGAGAGUCUCAUUGUGGCUGAAGAGGAUAUCGAGAAGCCCAAGCCUCCGGUGAGGAGGUCUGAGUCUCUGGUGAAGAAGAUCAACAGAGAGAAUGCCCAAACUGCCCUCAAAAGAUCUACUGAGCUGCUUUGCAACAAGAGUGAACCAUGUCACAGUCCAACUCCACCCCCUUCUCCAAAUCCAGGACCGAAAAUCGUAGCUGCUAACUUACCCACAGAGGCAGAUGGUCAAGUUGAGCAUUCAAGUUUGAUGAGGAUUCUUGAGCAGUUUAGUAUGAAGGACAAGCAGAAUAAUGAUGAAGCUCCGAAAGCUGAAGAAGUUGCUCUCAAAUCGACCAUAAGUAGCAAUCAGUCCUCUUUAACACCCUCGCUUCUAGAAUUUGAGAAAAAUAUUACGGUUAAUUCUAUGGAAGAUUUUAUCAAUGCAGAGAAAUUAAAUACGGAUAGGGACCUUGUGAACAAUAAUUUUAAGGUGAUAGUUACGUAAGUUUAUGUGAGGGUUGUGCUGGUUUUAAUUUCGUCUGGGUUAGUUUUGGUUUCUUCAACUGUAACUCGAAGCCCGAUUCUGAGAAGAUUGUAGAAAACAAUAUCUGAAUGAGAAUGGUUCAGAAGUUUAUACCACCAACUAAUUUUACAUAUUUUUGGAUGUUCUAUAACUUUUAUGUCUAGGUUAUUGCAUUUACACAUCAAAGAGUAGUUAUUAAAAAUCUGUUGAAAUUUAUUUUUUCGUCAAUCAGCUGUCGCCUUCCAACAAGCGACAACUCUCAGAAGGAGAAACGUGUGCGAGCUCAAGAUUAACGAGGUCUUAUUUUUCAACGUGCGAAAUAGCCUAGUUGGCGUGUACUGGAAAUUACAAAAAAAAUGUAAAUAUCUAUAGUACGACCCAACAAAAAUGUAUUUCAAAGCGAUCCUCACUGGUAUCGAAAUUUUUAAUAUUCUCAGAAUAACUUACAACCUUAUAUUCCGAAAGCAGUAUGAGGUGUGUAUGAUGAAGUAAGGGUUUAUAUCCCCUACAUGUGUUCACUUUUCUCAUUUUCAUUGAUGUAAAAAAAUUAAAGAUUCCACAUGAGCUAAACUACGGUGAUUCAUAUAGUCAUACAAAACAUUAAGUGGGGAAUUUAUUUUGGGAAAUAUUCACUUCGGACAAAGUGAAAGAGUGCAUUUUCUUGAAAUUUACUUUUUCGAGUUACUGCCUACUCAAAAAACUUAAUUUUCGAAAUGAAGUAUUGCACAUACAUUUUCCUAACAAGAAUGAAAUAGUAAUUUUAAUUUUGUUUUGAAGUGAAUAUCUGUCAAUUCUUUUCCUCCCAGUUACUUUUUCUACCAUCGAUGAUGAUGUUGGCAUGUAGUUUGGUAAAAUAAAAAUGUAUGAAUUGAAUAUUUUCAAUCUAUCUCAAAAUAUGUGAAUAAUUUUAAGAGCACAUCAUUUUCGUUUCUUCAGAAUCGAACUCUCAUUAAUGAAAUUUGGAGUAACCUAUAAAUAUUUCUGGUUGCAAACGCUGAAACAAAUACGAUCAAUGGAUUCUUGAUGAUUUUGAUAGGAUUAUUGUUUCCCUCCUGGAACAUGUAAUAUAGUUGGAUUUGUAUAUAAAGCAUCUAGAUUUUUUUGUAUGCUAUUGAAUUAAGUUUGUUUAAAUUAUUCAAUUAAAGAAACUGUACUAACGA